CAGCUCGUUGCCUGAAAAUCUGUGUGUCGGGAUGGAAUUCUUUGCCGGAAGAUAACUAUAAAUUAUGACUUAUUAGAAUCAGAUACAACCUCAAGAAGGCUCAUAUGAUAAGAGUGAAUCUAGUGUAGAUCGAGGAACUGUUGGUGGUCGCUGGAGGCCCACUUUGGAUAUAUACGAUGUCCCGACAUGAAGCUGUUAGUUGUGACUCCUGUCUAAAGGGUAACUUCAGAGGGCGCCGCUACAAGUGUCUUAUCUGCUACGAUUAUGAUUUGUGUGCAGUCUGCUUUGAGAACGGUGCGACAACAACACGUCAUACAGCAGAGCAUCCCAUGCAGUGCAUACUUACUCGGUCAGAUUUUGAUUUGUAUUAUGGAGGUGAAGCUGUCACAUUAGAGCAGCCGCAGUCAUUUACUUGCCCAUUCUGUGGCAAAAUGGGCUACACAGAGUCCACGCUACAAGAACACGUCACAUCGGAGCAUUCCGAAUCCUUACUGGAAGUGGUAUGUCCAGUUUGUGCCGCCUCGACAGGAGGGGAUCCCAAUCAUGUCACUGAUGACUUUGCAGCUCAUCUGACACUCGAACACAGAUCACCAAGAGAUCUAGAUGAAACAGGUAAUGUUAGGCACCUACGUAGAAUGUUCCACCCUGGCCGGGGUAUUGGUCAGAGGACGAGGAGACCCAACAUGCACUUCAGCGGGAGCAGCGGGUUAUCCUCAGGUCAGAGUUCAAGCUCACCGAGCAGUAGGGAAACCAUGGAUCCUAUUGCUGAACUGCUGUCACAGCUGUCAGGAACACGGCGAGCAGCGGGUCACGACUCCACAGCAUCUCAGCUACAGCAGCUUCAAAUUAUGCAGCUGCAGCUAGAAAGACAGCAGCAGCAGCAAAGCCAGCAAGGCACUGCAAGGCAGCAGGUUGAAAGGUUAGCGGUACCUAGACGGCAAACCAAUGCAGCGACAGCGGCGUCUGCAGCAGCUGCUGCUGCAUCUAGUAAUAGUAAUCCAGGCCACGGUGCAUCAUCGUCUUCAUUAGGGGUAGCUGAAAGUAGCAUGUCAUCCUCAUCGUUACAAAAAGACUCACAGUUUCUCUUAUCAAGAAUACAAGAGCCAGUUCUAACCGAGACUGAACAACAAUCGCUAGAGGUGGAUAACGCAGACCGAAGCUUCUUUCUUCAGGACCUGAUACUCUCCACCCUUAACGACGAUUACUACACUGAGGAGCCCGACGAAACGGUUAUAGAGGGCGCUAUAGGGGGCACAAUUGAAUUUGAACCAGCCGAAACGUUACUGCAGCUAGAAUCUUUGCAUAUAAAAGACAAGGAGAGGCCUGUAUAGCAGACAACCAGGGGGUACCACACCUUAUUAAAAGAAGUUACAUAAAACAUAACACAACACACACAAAAUGUCUUAUAGCUUAGCUGUGUAUAACAACAAAUCUAUCUGUGUAAAUUAUAUAUGAAAAAUAUGCUUAUUUAGAUCCAGAAUUAACCAAUUGAGAGAUAACAAACGUGUUUUUCAUCUGCUGGUGUCGUGCAGAUCUUGUAUUACAUGAAUCGUGUUGCACAGGUUGCCUUCUUCAAAUGACAUGUAAAUGUUGACGAUAUUUAAGAUUUAACAGUGUAGCUUUUUAUGCACUGUGUGCAAUCCAUUUUCCUUCUCCCCCCCCCCCCUCCUCCCAUUUCCCCCCUCUUCUUUGUCAACGACCGACCAACAAAGACAGAGAUGUGCUGCCCUUGUUCAAUCCUAAGUCAACCUUUUUAUUGUUACAGGAUUAUGACCACGGCAUAUUGAGCAAAGCAGUUUGGUUUUUAAAAUAGCAAGGAUUUGUUGGCGGUGGAGUCAUUUUUUUUCGGUAGAACUUUUUAAAGUAUAUAAUUCUUGCAUCCAUGAUUAUUGAAUUUGCCCUGUACUGUUGGUCUUGCUGUUGAAGAUGAGGGUCAUAUAAUUAUUGGUUUUGUCAUCGUAAUGCUGAAUCGAGGGGAAAUUAUAAUGAAAGAUACAAUAAAAUGCAUGUAAGAAAGUUUCAGCUGAAUUCUAUGUCUACUGUCUACUUGCUGAGAAAAUGG